CAGAACAAAAGCUCAUCUCAGAGUCAAUCUUCUGGAUGAGCCACAUGAUUGGAGGAGAGCCGGAGGAAGACCGAGAAAGCCCGUUUCUGCCCCCGGAGAGGUCCAUGAGGAGGAUGCUGCAAGCAAUGCUCGCUGAAAAGCCCACCCUGACCCACCUCAUCAGGAUUGCUGAGGCCAUUGAUGCUGAGAUGUUCAGCGAGGAUGAGGAGGAGGCAGCCAUGGCGGAGAACGUUGGCUUCUUACUGCUCAACAUGGCCAUUGGGCCCCCUUUCUACUUUGAGGCAGAGCAGAUCAAGCCACUCCUGCCACUGGGCAUUCGCAGGGUGGGCCGAACAACAUCCAGGGCCAUGGGCGAUGGGAGCCAUUCCUCCGAUGAAGACCUCUUCGAGCCCUGAGAGGACCUGGAUUUUGGUGACCUUCUCCAGGAGCAGCCCCCUUCCACUGCAAGCCCCAGGACAAGAAGAAGAGCUCCAUCUAUGCCAAGAAGAUGAGGAGGGUCUUGCCCAGCUGGAGGCACGACGACACCUAGAAUCCCCCUCCCCUUGGCCUCGUGCAGAGGGGAGGGUGUUUUUCCCAGCCCUGCCCUGCACGAGGCCCAAGAAGCAGGCUGAUUGGCCCUUUAGGUUUGGGGGUGGGGUUUUGGCCGGGAUCGGCCGAUCCAUGCCCCAGGCUCCUCAGUUCAGCCUGGGCAUUCCCCUCCCUCCCUUCCCUGCUGCAGAGCGGGUCUAGUGAUUGGUCGCCCGAGGGGAUCGAGUAGGAAUUUUUUGCUCCCAACGCAUUGGCCACUGUUGGGGUUUUUUUCGCCUACUCCGUUCUGUACCCAGGUGUUUAGUUAGAGUUAGGCCGGUCACAAUGGCAGUAACAGUGCGGGUUGGGGGGUAGGUUGAGAGAUAGAACAUCGGUGAGCACCCUUGGAUAUUCAAAAGGUUGAUUGGUCAAUUGCUCCUUUGUGGCCUGUGUGGCACGGGGAGAAUGGAUUGCCAUGAAACGAGCUUCAGGACUUCACCAACCUUUAGGCUGUGCGGUCCGGGGUGGGUGAAGACCUUGAAGUAUCCAGAUCCCCUCUUCUAAAGGGGGGGUUGGCUUUGAAGGAAUUGGGCGGGGCGUUCCUGCCCGUUUCCUGAGCCAGGGUGUGUCGCCCAGUGAGGCGCUGGGUAGGACAUUAGAGUCCUAACCCGGGCCUAGUGGCCCGCACUGUUCUCUAAGGGUGAUUAAUCACCUGGCAUUCCAGUCCGCCAUGUCUAUUGUUCCUGUUAAUAAAGUUGUGGCCCUUUUACCCAUAAUAAGUCUAUGUGUCUUCUUGGGCUGGGAGCUGGGGACAAGGAGACCAUCUUUGUAUGCAGGGGACACAGCACUGCAAGAAGCGGGUUGCCCAACUCCACCAA